AUGGGGCUCGCUUCCCGUUUUCUCCGCAUUCCGCGGCCAGAGUCCUUUCUCUAUGUGAUGAGCUUGGAGACCGGUGCUUCAUUGAUCACCCUUUCACUGCUUUUGAAUAAAAUCAGUGGCCUAUAUGGCCUGCUGGCACUCUUGACCGGCUACCACCUGUCCCCUGUACAACUUUCAAUGUACCUUUGGUCCCUUGUCGCCCUUGCACUCGCCGCCCUGCUGUUCCCACACAUUCGCAAACAGUCGCCUCUACAAUGUCUCGCCCUCACCUACCUCUAUGUUUUCGACAGCCUGAUUAACGCUGCAUAUACUGCUGCUUUCGGUGUGACUUGGUUCUUGGUGGUAUCGCAGCAUUACGACAGUGGCAAAGCCGCUGGUCCAGGGGGCGACACGAUCGCCCAGACCGCUGGCUUCACCAGUCCCAAGUACGAUGCAGCCUAUGUCGAAAUUCAAAACACAAAAGACGGAAACAAUUUCGUCGCUCACCCCCCCGCGCCCGAGAGUAUUCCGAGCAUCAUCUUCAUCUCCCUUCUGUGGGCGAUUCGCAUCUACUUUGUUCUGGUUAUGCUUGCCUUCGCACGCCAGGCCCUCCGUCUCUGGGUUGCGAUUCCCCGGCAUACCCAAUUGCCGACUCACAGCCGCAACGUCUCAGUAGCCAGCGUUGCCGAUAUUGACCGGGAGCCUUUCUCUCCCUACAGCCCCGAAGGCCAAGGCUGGCAAGGCAAAUUGGGUCGCAUAAUGGUCGGCAUCGGCCACAGCUAUUGGCUGGGUGAAGAGGAAGACGGAAACUGGCUCAGCGGUAUCAACCAAAAGUUCCGCCGUUCGAACAACACGGAGCUGCCCGGUGCGCUGGAAAGAGAGAGACGCCGACGUUCUGGAACGGGACCCCCACAACCGUCGCCGUCCAUUGUUCGAUCCACUGUCCUCCAGCAGCCAAUUCCUGAGCAUUCACCUGGUGGUAUGAAUGUCAAGAUGCAAGAUUGGAACGCACCUCGAUAA